UGACAGAGGAAGGAAGAAAACUACGAAGAAGUCUACACGUGUUUUUCUAACAUGUCUGCCCUCUCUGUUAUUUUGUGUUAAAUAGACCUGUAAUCUUUUUUAUUCAGUACUCGUUUUAUACGCCUUUACGCUUAGAUCCGGAGAGUAAAAAGCACAAGGGAAAAUGGGCCAGAGAAAGAAGAAACUAACGAAGAAAAAAAGACACAACAACAAUAAGGAGAUGGAAGACUCUGACAGUGGAGAUUUUGAACUGGCAGCAGAAAUAAAAGACGAUGACACGCCGGGGAGAAAACUUCAGAGGUUCCCAACAUCAGACUGUCUAUCAGAUGUUGAGCCUGAUACCAGGGAGAUGGUCCGGGCACAAAACAAGAAGAAGAAGAAAUCUGGAGGAUUUCAGUCCAUGGGACUUAGUUACCCAGUAUAUAAGGGUGUUAUGAAGAAGGGAUACAAAGUCCCUACUCCAAUACAAAGAAAAACUAUCCCAGUCAUUUUGGAUGGCAAAGAUGUUGUUGCUAUGGCCAGGACAGGUAGCGGCAAAACUGCUGCCUUUCUCAUUCCUAUGUUUGAGAAACUGAAGGCACCUCAGGCCAAGACUGGUGCAAGGGCCCUCAUUCUGUCUCCAACCAGAGAACUGGCACUACAGACCAUGAAGUUCACUAAAGAGUUAGGAAAGUUCACAGGACUAAAAACUGCUUUGAUCCUUGGUGGAGAUAGUAUGGAUGACCAAUUUGCUGCCCUGCAUGAAAACCCUGACAUAAUUAUUGGUACACCUGGUCGUCUCAUGCACGUUGCGAAAGACAUGAAUCUCAAGUUACACAGUGUGGAAUAUAUAGUUUUUGAUGAGGCAGACAGGUUAUUUGAAAUGGGUUUUGCUGAUCAGCUUCAAGAAAUAAUACAGAGACUCCCAGACACUAGACAAACUCUACUGUUUUCUGCCACUCUUCCAAAACUGUUGGUGGAGUUUGCCAGAGCUGGGCUCACUGAACCAGUGCUUAUUCGCUUAGAUGUAGACUCCAAGCUUAGUGACCUGAUAAAGCUUUCUUUCUUCCAUUGCCGUGCCGAUGACAAGCCUGCCCUUUUACUUCACCUUCUGAGAAAUGUUGUUAAGCCUCAAGAGCAAACUGUGGUUUUUGCAGCCACCAAACAUCAUGUAGAGUACCUUAAAGAGCUGCUGUCCUCUGAGGGAAUAGAAUGUGCCUACAUAUACAGUGCUCUUGACCAGACGGCCAGAAAGAUAAACAUAGGGAAGUUUGUACAUAGGAAAGCAAUGGUACUUCUUGUCACAGAUGUGGCUGCUCGUGGUAUAGACAUCCCCCUGCUGGACAAUGUCAUCAACUACAACUUUCCCUCUAAAGCCAAGCUCUUCUUGCACAGAGUUGGUAGAGUUGGCCGUGCUGGUCGCAGUGGCACAACUUACAGUAUCAUUUGUCCCGAUGAGAUGCCGUAUGUUUAUGACCUUCACCUGUUUCUGGGGAGACCUGUGCAGUUAGCCACACCUGAACACUCUCAGGAUGCAGAUGGUGUGCUUGGACGUGUACCUCAGAACAUACUGGAUGAUGAAAGUGCUCAUUUAAUUACUUCCCAUGAAAAUUCUCUGGAAUUGCAAAACCUUCAUAGAGUGUCCGAGAAUGCCUACAAGCAGUACCUCAAGUCCCGCCCAAAUCCUUCACCAGAGUCAGUUAGGCGUGUGAAAGGCAUUGACUUGUCUUGCAUGGCAGUUCACCCAUUACUUAGUUCUGGUCUGGAGAAGAUGGAGCUUGAACGUCUUCAAAUUGUUGACGCAAUUAAGAGCUACAAAUCCAAAUCUACAAUUUUUGAGAUAAAUUCAAACAGUAAAACCUCUGCCAGUGAAGUAAUGCGAGCAAAGCGCUGCAAAGAUGACAGCCUUGUCAACAAGUUCAGCAAGCGUAAAGAGACUGUUGAAAGUGAAUCUCUGCCACAACUACAUCAGAAAACCACAGGUGAUGAUGACUCCAUGAAGACUGAAGACAUGGAAGUAGAAAAUAUUGAGGGGUUGUUUUCAGAUGUUGUUGGUGGAAGGAAAAGAUCACACGAACAUGAUACUGAGGGAAAAACAAAAAACAAAAAAAGUAGAUCAACAGGCAGAGAUGACGAAUAUUAUAUCCCAUACCGACCCAAAGAUUUUAAUUCUGAGAGGGGAUUAAGUCUUGGUGGUGAGGGUACAUCAUUUGAACAACAGGCCUCUACUGCUCUCCUGGACCUGAUGGGAGAUGAGGGUGACAAGUUAAACCAACACAAGAACAUGAUGAAAUGGGACCGCAAAAGGAAGCGUUUUAUCAGAGACACUGGAAAAGAGGACAAAAAGAAGAUCAAAACAGAAAGUGGACAAGUGAUCAGCAAGAAAAGCAAGAAGAACUUUUAUGAAGAGUGGAAAAAGAAAUACAAAGUUGAUGACAUUGGCUCUGACAAUGAAACUGGAGGAAUGAGGGGUCCAAGAGGUCGUGGUCAUGGUCGCCAUGGUCCAGCAGGUAAAAGUCCUGGAGGGCCACAGGAGACUGCUGGGGGCCGCAAAAUCCGCUCAGAGCUGAAGACGAGUCAACAAAUACUAAAGCAACGCAAGAAGAAGCAGAAACAACAGUUCCUGCAGAGUGGAGGGCUGAAGAAACUGCACUCCAAAAACAGACAGUUUGCCAGAGAAAUGAAGAAAUCAGGUUUUGGACGUGGAGGCAUGAAAAAGGGCAAAAUGAGAAAAAAACUAUGAAAAGAGACAGCUAUGUGUCAAUGUCAGUGUACUCAUUAACAAUGAGUGACAACAUGACAACAUAAACAUUUUAUGACCAUUGAUUCCUGUGUUACGAUCUAGAGUAUUCUUGAUAUUAAAUGUAUAACAAACUAAGA